AUGUCCUUGUCGCGAUCACCCUCUCCCCACCCGGGCGGAGGGUGGUCCAGCCCUGGCCUCACGCCUGGCAGCGGCUCCUCGACACCCGCGCAUGGGUAUGCGCCCAAUACCCUUGCUCCAAACAGCGCCGCCUGGGCAGCAGCGAAAGCGAAGAGUGACGGAGUGCGCGGAUACCCUUCCUUUUCGACGCGCAACAGCGGAUUCUUCUCCCGACAGAAGCACAAGAUCACUGGGCGAUUGCCGAGUUUCCACGGCCACCAAUCGCUGCAUGGAUACGUGGAUAAGGAUCUCUAUGGGCGCGAACGAUGGCGCCCGUUGGCUGGGGGUGCGCGUGGGGCGCUGGUUAUCUUACUACGACGCAGUCGGGUACGGUUGGUUCUUGGCUUGCUGCUAGCUGGCCUUGCAUACUUCCUUUUCUUGGGCCCUUUGGUUCACCUCUACAGACGGUCACCUCUCAGUGGAGCCCAUAAAUUCGUUAUCAUUCUCGGUUCAAAUGUCGAGGGUGGCGUUAUGGAACUUAAGGGCGCGCGGGAGUGGGCGAUUGAGCGCAACAGUAUCGCGAAUAAAGAACAGUACGUCGGUCGUUGGGGUUAUAAACUGGAAGUCGCCAACAUGCUCGCCCAGAAGCGAUACUCUCAUGAGUGGCGCGAGAGCUGGGAGAAAGGCGAUGUGAUCCGUGAGGCUAUGCGCAAAUAUCCCAAGGCGGAGUGGUUCUGGUGGCUGGAUCUAAACACCUGGAUCAUGCAGCAGGAUACCUCCCUCCAGGGUCAUAUCUUUAGCCAGCUGAACGACCUCGUUUACCGCGAUAUCAACACGUACAACCCGCUCAACGUCACCCAUCCUCUGCCCGACUUUUAUCUGGAUGAGGUGGGCCGUGCACUUGAGGGCGAUGGCAAGACGGGCUCACUUAACAUGCUUUUGACGCAGGACUGCGCUGGAUUCAAUCUGGGGUCUUUCUUCUUGCGCCGCUCUCUCUGGACAGAACGUCUCCUUGACGCUUUGUGGGACCCUGUCAUGUACGAGCAGAUGCAUAUGGCCUGGGAACAUAACGAACAGAGCGCUUUGGAAUGGAUCUAUCAAAGUCAACCCUGGGUACGCAGCAGCAUCGGCUUCCUUCCGCAGAGAACCAUCAACUCUUUUCCUCUAGGAGCCUGCGGCGAUGAGAACAAUCAAGACGUCCAUUACCAAGAAGAGGAUAAUGAUUUCGUUGUCAAUAUGGCCGGCUGCGCAUUCGGUCGUGACUGCUGGGCCGAAGUCGUCUACUAUCGCGCCAUCGCGAGGAGACUUAACCGCACUUUCUGGGAAAAGCUCACGGGUGGACUUUCUGCCAUAUACGAAAUGGUGUUCGGGAACAGUCCACAAUCAGAUACAUGA